AUUUGAUAGCUGCAUUUUAGCGAAAUUUCGUGUUUUUGUUUUGUGGUGAAGUUGUUUAAUCUUAGCUUAGUUAAAUAAAAGGUUCUAAAUAAGGAACUAAAAUGACCGAACCGGCUCCAGUAAAGAGACAUCGAAGCGCUAAUUGGGAAAUGGAUGAAAAGAAACUGAUGAGAGAUGUCAUUAAACCAUAUUUACACAUAAUAGAGACCAAAAAAUUAACUUUGGAAGCCAAUGCGGCCAAAAUUAAUGCUUGGAAAGAAAUAACUGAAAAGUUCAACAAAGUAAAUGACACAACAAGAAGUAUGAAACAAAUAAUGAUUCAAUGGAAGAUAAAUAAAAACAUUUGCAAAGCUAAAUUUGCAGCCCAUUGUAUACCAAAAAUGGGACCGUUGAAAGUUCUGAAACCCGUCACACCGACCGCACCCCCAUUGAAAUUAGGAGUUACUAUAAUCAAAGAGGAACCUCAAAAAACUUCUAGUAAUUUAAUAGAACUUGACAGCUACAAUGUAAUGGGCUCUACAUUGAAAGGCAGUAAAAUGACAAAUGUUGUGAUAACUUGUGCAAAACCUAAAGCAUCCACAUUGAAGGAAGAUGGAAACAUUCAAAAAUUAGUAGUGAUUCCUGCUUCAAUAACUCAAUCGGAAACCACUGAUCCACUUGAGACUAAGCAAGAAAUACCAGAGACCGAAAAUGAUCCAUUGGCUAUGCUUGAAGAUGUGAUCAUUCCUGUGCCAGUAGAAAUACCAGAAAUCACUGAAGAAAUUGUGACUGAACAGUUGGAUGAUGAGUACUAUGACGACAUUGCUGACACAGCUGCACCUACCUCUCCAGAAGUAGUCAAGGAAGAGAUGGCUGAAGAAGUACCUGCAAUUGCUACGAGUCCAAAAGACGUGUCUAAAAGUCCUGAAAGAGAAGCUGAAAAGGUUCUUGAAGAAGACCCCGCAAUACCCAAAGUAACCACAGAUGACGUGCCUCAAAGUAGUGAAGAAAUUGCUGAAAAGAUUGCUGCCGUGGUGCCGGGUGAAGCCACUAACACAGAGCCAGCUCAAAAACCAAUAAGGAGACGUAGAAAGUGCUUCACAAGUCGGCCGUCAUAUCGUCAGGGUGAAUUACUAGUAGAGUAUUUAGAAAGGAACCCAGAGUUGGCCAGGGGUCUUCUAAAGACCGCCCAAGGGCGGAGAGAAACAAAAAAAAAAUGGAUAUCGUUGGCCUUGACCCUAAAUGCGGUCAGCGGGUCUAUAAAAGAUGGACGCGGCUGGUGCAAAUACUGGACAGAAAAAAAAUGUUAUUUAAAACGCAUAUGCGCAAGGAAUUUGGCAAUGAGGCGACCUGGAGGCGGCCCUAGCGACCUGUCACUAAAAUUGUCAGACUUGGAACAGAGGAUGGUGGCGGUCAUGGGCGGUGAAGAGUUUGCCACUGCCACCGGUGAUCAGCGCUUGACAACAAGACACGUUGACCACGAGCCAGAGGAGGUGGCCACUCGUGAAGGCAGUUGUGACCAGCUUCCCUCUCUGGAGACUGCAUCAUGCUCUGGUCAAUGGCAGGAAGUUAACGUCGAGGCCGAUCCUGAGCCCAUUAUAGGCGAGGUGCAGACCCCUGACUACAUUGUUAUCGAGGAGCAGCAUCCUGAGCAGUCAUCCGGCUCAGAUCAGUCUCCUCACAACUCACAACAGUCCCGCCGCCGCCGCCGCAACCAACUCGACAUAGAAGUCGAUAGGAUGACGGCGAUAGAGGAAAAGAGGGUCGAGGCUGAGCUGCUGACGGCACGGGCUUUAGGGGACCUAGCAUCAGCGUUCCGUGAUGGGGUAAAUGUGCUGAAAGAAAUCGCACAAUAUUUCAAAAAAUAACAAAUUUAUCUAGCUUGCGGUUUGUAAAUAGACAUUGAUUUUAAUAUUAUUUAGCUAUGUUGAUUAAGGUACCAAUGUGUAAAUUUUUGUUUUAAGUUGUAAUUUUGAUUAAUGUAAAAAGCAUGUAUGCUGUAUGGUUAUGUUCCUAUUGUUAUAAGUUUUUAAGUGUUUUAUGUUCAAUAUGUUUUCCCUGUAAUUAUAAUUUAAUUUUAUGUUAAUUAUAAGUAACCUACCUUAUGAAA